GCGUGUCGGUGUGGUUACAGCCGGCAGCCACGGCACCUCCUUCCGGCCGACUAGUCUCCAGGUCCCGCGGUCCGGCCCUUGGUCACCCGGCGCUCUCCCUCGUUCCUUGAAGAUCUCCAAUGCCACCUUUUGUUGAACAUCUCGAAUAGUAUCGUGUUCUAGAUAGACGGCUAGAGGGGGAAAUUCUCUAAAGGAACUAAGGAGGGGCUGGAAGGGAAGGAAGUGUUUUUAAAACUACGUGAGGCAUCAGAAUCCGAAAGCCACUUUAGUCUUAGCAAAUGUGUUUAUUUAUGGACAAGAAGUUAUCAUUGAAGUUAAAUGGUGGCAGACAUGUCCAAGGAAUAUUGCGGGGAUUUGAUCCCUUUAUGAACCUUGUGAUAGAUGAAUGUGUGGAGAUGGCGACUAGUGGACAACAGAACAAUAUUGGAAUGGUGGUAAUACGAGGAAAUAGUAUCAUCAUGUUAGAAGCCUUGGAACGAGUAUAAAUAAUGGCUGUUCAGCAGAGAAACCCAUGUCCUCUGUCCAUAGGGCCUGUUUUACUAUGAUGUAAAAAUUAGGUCAUGUACAUUUUCAUAUUAGACUUUUUGUUAAAUAAACUUUUGUAAUAGUCAAAAAUGCUUUCUCAGAUGUUCUGAAUGUAGAAUAUCAGCUCUAAUUCCAAUUUUUUCUACCAUGGAUUUUCCUGGUUGACACUGAUUUCAAAGGGUUUUAUGCAUUAAAGUGAAAGAAUUUUAUUAAAUGUGAAA